CAAGUAAUAAAUAAAAAAGAAAAGAGGUCAAUCUCAAAGGUGAAUUAAAGUAUUUUGGCUGAUGAAAGUGAGUAACCCAAUUUUAGCCGAAGGCUUUUGGUUCGUUACAGCAGUGGCGGGAACAUACCAGUGAAAUUUCCCAUCGAAAAUUCAAUUGCGAAACCCUAAAUUCCUGAAAUGUCCUUCUUCAUCGAUGAAUUUCAAGCGGAUUUAGAAGCUUUGCCCAAUAUUCUUCAGAAGAAGUAUGCGUUGAUGCGUGAUCUUGACAAAAGUUUGCAAGAAAUUGUGAGGCAAAAUGAGCAACGUUGUGAACAAGAAAUAGAAGAUAGUAAACGAGGAGUAAGGGCCGGAAACAUUACACCAGAUACUUCACUUAUUAGAUUCUCCGAUGAGGCACUCGAUGAACAAAAGCAUAGUAUUAGGAUUGCAGAUGAAAAGGUUGCCUUGGCCAUUCAGGCAUAUGAUUUGGUUGAUUCAUAUAUACAACAACUUGAUCAGUACUUGAAAAAGUCUGGCGAAGAGCUACGGCGUGUGGAAAGAGAGAAUACUGUUGCUAAUGCAACUUCCCAGAUUCCUGAUGGAACCACUAAAUCUGGAAGAUCUGAAAGCGGAAGAGAGCGUAAAAAAACACGACUGGCAACAGCAGCUGCUUCUUCUGCAGCAACAGAAGUGGCAGCAACGGCAGCAAAUCCAACCGGUAUGGAAUUAGACUUGCCAGUGGAUCCUAACGAGCCGACUUAUUGUUUGUGCAACCAAGUUAGCUAUGGCGAGAUGGUGGCAUGUGAUAACCCUGCUUGCAAGAUAGAGUGGUUCCACUUUGGCUGUGUUGGUCUGAAAGAACAGCCGAAAGGGAAAUGGUAUUGUCCGGAUUGCGCAGCACUGAGAAAUCGUCGUAAAGGAAAAUGAUAACGAUAUAUAUAUAUAUAUAUAUAUAUAUCUUGUUGGGAAGCUUGUGCUGGUGCAUUUGGAUUGCCAUGCUGCAAAAUCUAACUUUGCAUAAUCAUGUUGUUAACGUUUCCAAGCAUCUUUGUUUGCAUUUGGAACUUGUGUUCAACUAUUUAUAGCUGCUUGGGUGCUUUUGUACCAUUUUGUUUAAAAGCCUGUUGGCUGAGACCCAGGUAUAAAUGAGUUCUUUGUAUCUUUUUAAUGGAAAAAUAAAAAGA